GGUGUGGCUUCGACUUCCCUUUUUUUUCUAGGCCUACCUGUUUGGCCACUGCAGUGUAUUUCCCAAUGUGUGUAUUUUUCCGUUGUUUUUAGACCCACAGAGUUACAGUGUCAUUGAGAAACGCAUGACUAAUGUGAUUGGCAUGCACGUGAAAGGAAAGUACGCAAAACAUGUAAUAACCCGCUGGAGAAACAGUCCACGCCCCCUUUAACAAUGUGUUGUUAACAACUUGUUCUAAGGAACGUCAAGGAAACUGCCUCUUUUCAAUGGUCUCUAGCGACUAAAUCAAAAGCAAGUCUGGAUAGUAUAAUACAUGGAUUUAAGAGUCAAUGUAGAGGUGGUUACUCGGGAACAGUGGGGAGCAGUAGCCCCUCGAUGCCGGGAGACCCUUAAGUGUCCUGCUCAAAGAGUUGUCAUACACCACACUGCACUGUUGCACUGUGGGGGCAUCCGAGAAUGUAUGGACCAGCUCAUCCACAUACAGACAAUGCAUAUGCAGGAUAGGAACUUUGAUGACAUUGGAUACAACUUUCUUAUUGGGGGAGAUUGCACAGUGUAUGAGGGCCGAGGCUGGGGUGUUGUGGGUGCACAUACCAAGGACAAUAACCGUGACUCUUUGGGCAUUGCCCUCAUGGGCAACUUCAACAAUGAGAGCCCCAGUCCAGCAGCCCUGUCAUCUGUUAAACAGCUCCUGCAGUGUGGGGUUUCCCAGGGGCAUUUGCACCCUGGAUUUACCCUGCUUGGGCAUAGAGACCUGGGGGACACCAAAUGUCCUGGGGAGAGACUAUAUGCUGCACUAAAACAUCUCAAAUUUCCCUGAACAUAACCUCUUCCACAGGCUCAAUUGCUACUGGUUCGACAGAGAGAGAGUCGGUGAAAGAGAUUACCCUGAACAGCACACUGAACAUUUUGGGACUUCCUUGUGUGUUUUUAAACCACUAGAUGGGGCAAUGACGCUUUAUCGUAGCCAUGGCCUAUAACGCAUACUCUUUUUUCACAAGCAUUUCACGACACCCGCAAUAACAUCUGCUAAACACUUGUAUGUGACCAAUAAAAUUUGAUUUGGUAA